AUGACCACAGUACCCGUAUCUUUAUUCAAGGACCAUCUCAUGCGCAAAAAUACCAAAUCCGAUCUUGCUCACUAUCUUGAGAAGAGUAUUACCAAUGUUUAUACUGAAUCAAAAACAGGUUCUGGUUUACUUACUGUUCUAGAUGGCGGAUGGCUCUUGUAUCAGGUGAAGUGGACUGCUGGUAUCAAGUAUGGCGAUUUAGCAGACGUGUAUAAUGGUUUCAUAGAAAAGAGGUACGGGCGUGUAAUAGUUGUUUUCGAUGGUUACGAAUCAUCCCCGAAGGAUCAAGAGCAUUAUCGCCGGGUUACAAAAACUGCUAUUGACUAUGCAAUUGACGGUCAGGGUGUUAGAGUUAUAGCCGAGGACACGGGCAUAUUCAUCAGCUUGAUUCACCACUGGUCACCAGACAUGGCAGAGGUGUAUUUUCAGAAAGAAGAUCGAAGCUCAAAAACAUCUAGCCAAUCUUAUAAACUCUCAGAACUACAUGCGAAUUUGGACCCCAUAGUACAAAAAUAUAUCCUGUUCAUUCAUGUUUGGUCGGGGUGUGAUACAACGUCUGCGACAUUCGGACAGGGUAAAUUACAAGUUUUGAGACAUCUGGUGAAGUCACCAGAAAUGCAUAAAAAUGCCGACGUGAUCAGUUCUGAACUAUCCAGUGUAGAUGAGGUUAGCCAGGCCGGUAUUCAGAUAUUUGUCUCAAUGUUUGGUGGUAAACGGGAGGAAAAUUUCACAGCACUCCGUUAUCGCAAGUAUCAGUCCAUGAUUACAACAUGUAGGAAAAUAGAACCCGAACGAUUGCCCACUACUGAGAGAGCUGCACACUUCCAUACCCUCAGAGAACAUAUUCAAGUUAUUCGUUGGAGAACAUUGAACAAUGAUACUCUUGAUGCAAAUGAAUGGGGAUGGAAGAUUGCUAGAGGGCGUAACGUUCCAAUAAUGACGGACAAGGAGGCUGCUCACCCAAAGAUUUUGAAGUUCAUCCGUUGCUCAUGCAAACCUAACAGUACUCAAUGCGCAACGAAUGCUUGUACUUGCCGUAAAACUGGGUUGAAGUGUGUCGCGUCCUGCAGUGGCUGUGUGGGUCAGCAGUGUUGUAAUACCGAUGUUUUAAAUGACGUUAGUGAUGAUGAAAACUAA